CGCGAUUAGCGGCGAAUUGCCCAAGCAAACGGAAAGAUUCGAAUGUUCUUAGCACGACAAUUAACUACACAACUACUACCUUUCGUUGCCAAAAACCCAAAAUAAAAAGAAAAAAAGAGAAAAAAGCGUAAAAAAGUUUUUCAUUUGUGAUUCGGGCAUUCGAUUUGGCCUUGCGAAACUUUCCGGUUAACGAGAAUGGCCAACACGAACGUGAAAAUCGUCGAAUCGAAACUGGAUCUGUUCCAGGCGCCACAGCACUAUGCCUUGGCCCACGCCGUUGACUCGUCUUUCGCGGCGGUGCGCGGCUCGCUCGCCUGGCAGUUCGCCCUCGUCUACGGGGAUGUGGACGAUCUGCGACGACGUCGCGUCACCAGCGGCAACUGCGUCGUGCUCGAGCACAAUGCACGAUUCGUUUACUAUUUGGUCACCAAGGCCAAUCUCUAUGCCGCCAGCACCUACGACGACGUCCAAGCGGCGUUGAUAUGCAUGCGCGAACAUAUGCGGAAUCAUGAAAUCACCAAAGUGGCGAUGCCGCGGAUCGGCUGCGGCGACGAGGGCCUCCAGUGGAAGCAAGUGAAGCGCAUAAUGCAGCAAAUCUUCGCCCAUGGCGAAUAUCCCAUCGAGAUAAUGAUAUGCGAGCACGACGACAUCACCAGAGAGUUGGCCGCUCCCAAGUGUCAGAUAACCGAGGCGAAGGGCAACUUGUUUAGCGCACCGGAAAACUUCGCUUUGGUGCACUCGGUGAGCGCGGACUUUGCCAUGUGCGCUGGGAUCAGCUUGCAGUUUCGCUGCAAAUAUGGCCAGGUGGACGAGCUGAAGCGCCAGCAGCGGCACACGGGCAACGUCGCCGUGCUAGAGCAGGGCGGACGCUACAUCUACAACCUGGUGACCAAGGAGCGGGCGCACGAGAAGUGCACCUAUACGGCGCUCUACUAUGCGCUGCUGGCCAUGCGCGAGCAUAUGCGUGAGCAUCUGGUCACUAAGCUGGCCAUUCCGCGCCUGGGCUGUGGCAUCGAUCGCCUGGAUUGGCUGCGCGUGCGCAGCUUGUUGGAGCUGGUCUUCGUGCGAGAUGGCGUGGACAUCAUUGCCUUCUUCUAUCAGCCGCCCAGCAUGGAACGCGACACCAUCAAGGUGAUCUGUCCCACCUGCAGCCACAUGAAGCUCAUGCAGCUGCCGCGCAGCGUCAGCUCCUCGCGGCAAUCGCUGCACAGAGAGAAGACGCCCUUCUAAGUCCCGCUGGGACAAAUCGAAUUUCUUUGUAUAUAUGAAUUUGUUAACUUCUAACAUUCGAAAUGGGUUGGCAUGGGUUGCAAGGCACCAAAUGCACCGUUACUUCUAUCUAGUUUCGCAUAGUUCGAGAGCACAAGAAAAUUACAUUUAUUUUAUGAAUAUUUAUAAAAAUAUAUUUACAACAAAUAAAAAGACAACGCCUGCUAGCUG